CCUCUCUCGCAGGGCGGAAGUUGUCAUUCUAACCGCUUCCUACUUCCUGCGUCAAAACAUUCCGGUGUGUCUAUGCGGCUUUAACGGCGCUUUUCGGAUUUUAUGAGUGAUUAUGGCUGCGAACAGCAGCACCGGCUCGGCUACGGAGCCUCCGGGACUAGAGACCCAGUGGCGGGAGAUCGACAACCUGAACCAGCAGCAGCUACGGGCCGGAGACAGCUGGUAUUUGUUGGACAAAAGAUGGUAUGAUCAGUGGAAAGAGUAUGUACACGCCGGGGACCAAAAUUCUUCCUCCUAUCCCGGGAAAAUUGAUAACACUGAGCUCUAUGAAGAUCUGGAUUCCUAUCAUCUGAAAGAGAGGCUGUCGGAGAAUGAGGACUUUGUCCUGGUCCCUGCAGAAGCCUGGCAUAAACUUUUGGCAUGGUAUGACAUGAUGGACGAUCAACCUCCUUUGGAGAGAAAGGUUGUUGAUCUUCCCAGCACUGUUAAAGUAGAGGUCUACCCUGUGGAGAUCUACCUCUGUCUUUCUAGCAACAUGGAGAGUACUGUAUCUGCAUGCUUCAGUCGAGCAGACAAGAUACAUCCUCUAAUAAUGUGUAUGUCCUGUUCGCUAUACAAAUUCAUGGAAUGCACUACCGUUCAAAAGUUUAGGGAAGUUGCUGAGGAAGCAUGGCGCAACCAUUUGCGGCGGAACGAUUCGGUCAUCGUCGACACAUUCCACGGGUUGUUUAAGUCGACGCUGGUGUGUCCCGAAUGCAACAAGGUCUCUGUGACCUUCGACCCCUUCUGCUACUUGAGCGUGCCCUUACCUGUUAGUAAGGAGAGGGUCAUGGAGGUGUUCUAUGUAUCGCUGGAUCCCACGGCCAAACCCACCCAGUAUCGUCUGAUUGUACCUAAAGCUGGCCAAGUGAUUGAUUUGUGCACUGCCCUCUCUCAGGCAACAGGCAUCCCUCCCAACCAGAUGGCUGUGGCUGAUGUUUUCAAUCACCGCUUCUACAGGAUUUACCAGGCUGACGAAUCCUUAAGCUGUAUAUUGGACCGGGAUGAUAUAUUUGUGUAUCAGCUGAGCAGUGGUUGUGUGGGUCAGGAAGGUGAGGAGGUGGUUAUGGCCAUCUAUAUGCGUGAACGCUCCCAUUACAGAGAUUACGGCUCGGGAAGCAACAGCUAUAGCACUUCCCUGUUCGGUCACCCGCUGCUGAUAUCUGUGCCACGCGCCCAGUGCACACGGGAAGAUCUCUACCAGCUCCUCCUGAAAAGACUGGCGCGAUAUGUCCGUCCCCUAGACCCUUCAGAAGAAGUAGAGGAGGAAGAAGAAGAUGAGGAAGAGUUGUACAAGGCUCAGACCAAUGGAGUUAGUGAUGAUGAGGGCGAGGAAGACUCUGAGGAGGCAGGGCCAUCCAAGAAAGAGGAAGAGACUCAAAAAAGCGGCCAGGCCGAAGAGCAGAACAACUGCCAAUCAGAAGCCAGCCCGAGCAGUGAGGGGGAGGAGAGAGCUGAGGAGGAGGAGUCGAGCAGCGAACCGGACCGGGGCAGCAGUACCGAGGAGGGCCAAUCAGCAAGCGGCAGCACUGACACCAACUCCCAAGAUGCCACUGACGGGGACCAAAGUGCUGGCGUGGAACCUUCGGGAAAGGAGGAAGAGGACGAAGAUGAGGACGAGGAAGAAGAAGAGGAGGCCGCAUCUUGUGCUCAGGCAAACAAGAGGCUUCCGGGAAGACGGCGCUACACUGAGAGGCAGAAAAAAGCCCUCUUUACCAUUCAGGCGGUGAACUCUAAUGGCACCACGGAGCGAGGGAUGGGAGAGGCAGACGGUGGCUUCUCUUUCAGCUCUCAGCCAUACAUCGCCAUCGACUGGGACCCUGACAUGAAGAAAAAGUACUACAAUGAGAAUGAAGCCGAGAAAUAUAUAAAGCAUCAGAGCAUGGAUGUCCCUCACCAGCAAAUCACAGUGCAGCUGCAGGAAUGUAUAGAGCUCUUUACCACGGUAGAGACACUGGAAGAGGAAAACCCUUGGUAUUGUCCAACAUGUAAAAAGCAUCAGCUUGCCACUAAGAAAUUGGAUCUGUGGUCUUUGCCUGAGGUUCUUAUCAUCCAUUUAAAGCGCUUCUCCUACACAAAAUACUCUCGAGAGAAACUGGAUACCAUCGUGGAGUUCCCCCUGCGGGAUCUAGACUUCUCAGGUUUCCUCCUAAAGAAGACAGUGAACAGUACUGAACCUCCCUGUAGAUAUGACCUGAUCUCCGUGUCCAACCACUACGGCGGACUCCGAGAUGGACACUAUACUAGUUAUGCCCGGAACAAGGACAACGGUCAGUGGUAUUACUUUGACGACAGCAAGGUGACCUAUGCAAGGGAGGAACAAAUAGUGACCAGUGCCGCCUACCUCCUGUUCUACCAGCGCCAAGACAAGAUCCGCCAGCCCAGCGUCCCUCCACCCAUCCCCUCCUCCAGCCAGCCCGAGAACCACGUCUCAUCCCAGACCCACGAUGGCAUGGAUGGAGCCUCUUCCUGUGUCAGCAUGGAGACGGACUGAUUUCUGUCCAUUUCUGUUAUCUUUUCUCGCAUACUGCCGAUCAUCUUAAUCAACAGAAACUUGAACCUCCGCCUCUGCUCUGACUCCGACAGGAAGUGCGAGGCAGGGGCACCUCUCUCAGGCUGGUGCACGAGCAUCAUGGGGUGGGAAUGUAAAUUUAUGUGUUUUUUUGUUUCUGUAUGACAAACUCAAGGAAACGGGUUAGGCUGGUAGCGGCGGAUUCAGAGAUCGCGCACUGAUUUGUCUGUGGCGCUUCAGUGACGAUGAGAAUUCGGAGAAUGAGGUUUGCGCCGCAGUUCCAUCAUCACCGACGUGUUCUUUAUUUUUUCCUGAGCUAGCUCAGCUGCUGUCCACAGUGGUGAUGUUUGAUCUGAACGUACAACCUUCAGCUGCACUGUUUGGCAUCAUGAAUCAGUUUAUUCCAUCUCAUUGUUUCAAGCACCGACAUUCAUCAUGGGCGCUUUCAGCAGGGAUGGUUGAGGUUUCUCAUAUCAGGGAUGUCAUGUUCAGAAAUCCUGCUUCAGAUUUCUGAGAUCUUAGGUGGAGGUAAAUGAGAUAUAGCUUUCUCUCCACUCACUCGUGAACUAUUUAUUUUCGUAAUUGCUAGAUGCUAAUGUGGAGUGAGAGAUUGUAAUUCUAAAGAGCGGCUUCUAAAGAUCUUCCAUUUUUAUUUUCAUUCUUGUAACUAUUUUUUUUUCCGUCUGUCGUGAGGUCUGGGAAAAGCCACUCUGUUGCGGGACACAAACGGAGGCCUGUUUUCCAGUGAGAAUUAGCUUUUUUAUCUUAAUCGCAAGGAAGUGCACAGCAAGAUUUAAAUAUUACAUUCUUUUUGACUAUUUGCGUGCAAUUUAUAACGAACUCUUUGGAGCAAUGAGAAUAUUUCAGCAAAGUGCUUUCUGGAUAGAGCUCUUUACGUGAUGAUUUUUAAGGCACCUCUGUACAGUAUUUUUGUAUUGUAAUAAAUGUUGUAUUAUCUUUGAUCAUUUGGAUCAGAUGCUGGGAAUGUGGGAGCUUUCAUUUUAUUUUGUUAAUUAUAGAUUGAAUAUAUAAUUGUAUACACAUCUUUUGAUAUGAAUAAAUGCUGACUAUAAAGUCGAGGUUAGAUUGGACACAUUUGGCUUCCAUUUACAUUGUUUUGGUGAUCUCGGUUCAUAUUAACAUUUCUCAGCUGCUCAGUGUUGUAAUUCAUUUGGCCCGCUGCGUAAAGAUCUUAUAGAAAAUGCUUUUUCAUUUGCACUUCCCAUUAAGUGACUGCUUUAUUGCAUUCCUUAGAUUUUAAUGGACGCAGUUAAU